AUGAGUGCGUUGGACUCCUUAAGCUGUUGGAUGAAACUGUGUCUCUAUUGCCUAACCAUGUUCAGAAAUCUCACGCCUAACUUGACGUUGGCAUUAGACAUCGAGCCACUGCCGUUGUUGUAUAACGCAAAGGCAAAUGAUGGAAUUGAUCCGUUAUCCCGUCUCAUUCGGGAAUUACUCAGGGGAAAUAAGCAGCCUUGUUUCGAGUGCUUCUACCAAAAGUUCUUCAAAGUCAUUACUGUCUUACGCUUGAAAGAUCUUUACCUCUUUGAUUACGAGCCUAUCUAA